AUGGCAAGAGACGCGCCGGAUGGCGCUGGCGAUGGCCUGGUCACCGCCGCGAACGCCGGGCAGGAGGUGCUGCAGCAUUUCUGGGACUUGGCAUCCCUUGAUCCAGCCGUGCGUGCAAAGGCGGUCCAGGCGCUCACUGACGAGCUGCUGGCGGACCAGGCGCGCCACGACGCAGCUGCCGGGCAGCUGCUACAGGACGACCAGCAGCAGCAGCAGAAGGCCGCGCCCGCCAAGCCCGCGGCCGGCCCCGCCGCGCUCGCCGCCGCGCUGCGGCGCUGCUCGCCGGCGGUAAGCUAUGCGCUGAAGCGUCUGGCCCGCGGCCUCGCGUCAGGGCGCGACGGCGCGCGCCAGGGCUACGCGGCCGCGCUCACCAUCCUCUUGACAGCAGCUGCCGGCAGCGGCGGCGGCGGCGGGGGUGCCGCGCCGCAGGGGAAGGGCAAGGGGUCAAAGGCGGGCGGCGGCGGGGGCGGUGGGUGGCUGGACUUGGAUGGGGUGCUUCUACUGCUGGAGGUCAGCCUGCCUGUGACCGGCUCGAUGAAGGGAUCG